AGCACCACCGGCUAAGAAUAAUAAAAUUAAUAUUUAGCAUAGAAAAUAUGAAAUCUGAAAUUUUAGCAAUAGCUUGCGUAGCUUUAUCGCUUAGAUCCAUAGUUUCCAUGUACUCAUUCUCAGGCUUUGACUCGCCUCCUAUGUACGGUGACUAUGAAGCACAGCGCCACUGGCAAGAAGUGACCAUUAAUUUGGAGGCUAUACGAUGGUAUACGAAUAGCUCCAAUAAUGAUUUGCUGUACUGGGGGCUAGACUACCCUCCACUUACCGCACAUCAUAGCUAUUUAAUGGGUCGAAUAGCUAAAUCCAUUGAUCCUCGCUUUGUCGAGUUGCAUGGAAGUAGAGGUUUUCAAUCUCGAUCGCAUAAAACCUUCAUGCGACUGACUGUCUUGCUUGGAGACGUUUUAAUCUAUUUACCCGCUAUCUUGGGAGUAUGUAUUUGCAUAGAUAAAAGCUUUCAAAGCAAAAGUAAACUCUUUUCCUUCAUGUUGUUGGCCGCCUAUCCAGGCCAAAUGCUUAUUGACAAUGGACAUUUUCAAUACAAUAACGUAUCGUUGGGCCUAGCAGCUGCGGCCAUUGCUGCGAUUUUGCAUGGCAAACAAUACAUUGCAGCAUUUGCUUUUACAUUAGCAUUGAACUACAAACAAAUGGAACUUUACCACAGCUUGCCGUUUUUCACAUAUCUGUUAGCCGAAUGCAUCGCACAAAACAGCUUCAGAUUAUUUGCAGUUAAACUAGCAAAAAUCGCAACCAUUGUUCUAGCUACGUUCUUUCUCCUUUGGUACCCCUGGUCCGGAUCGCUUCAGGCGGUGGCUGAAGUGCUAAAUCGACUUUUUCCUCUCGGGCGCACAGUAUUUGAAGACAAAGUAUCUAAUUUUUGGUGUUCAUUAAAUAUAAUAUGGAAACUAAAAAAACAUGUGUUGAAUCAUCACAUGGCACUAGUGUGUCUGGGUUUCACCUUAAUUAGUUCUCUGCCAACUAAUAUCACACUUUUUAGGAAGCGAUGUAAAAUGGGUUUCUUAUUAUCCCUUUUCAAUACUGCUAUUGCUUUCUUUUUAUUUUCAUUUCAAGUUCACGAGAAGACUAUUCUGCUAGCAGCACUACCAGCGUUAUGCUUGCUGACAUGGUGGCCGAACGAAAUUAUUCUCUUUCUCGAUGUUUCAGUUUUCACCAUGCUACCACUUCUGGAAAGAGAUGGGUUGUUAGCACCAUCACUUGCAUGUGUGUUAAUCUAUCACUUGAUUUGCAAAUGUUUUUGUUCUGAAACUAAACCGAGUUCUGAACUAAAAGCAUUUUUAUAUAUAUCCAAAAUCUUCAUGAUCGUCGUUGUGGGGGCUUCACUACUGAUCAAAGCCCCUCCAAGGUAUCCAGAUCUUUGGCCAUUAAUAACAUCUGUUAUAGGUUGUGCAUACUUAGUUUUAUUUUUAGUUUGGGGAAAUUUUAGACAUUUGACCUGCACCUGCAGGACUGUUAAAAUAAAAAGUAUGUAACUAAACAAUAA